UGGCCCCGCGUAGCUUUUUUCAGGUCAUUACACCAUCUCGCCGCUAGAGGGCCGAGCGCUGGCAUCUCUGCCGACUUCCCCGAGCGCCACUGCGCAUGCGCUGGCCUCUGCCUGGCUUACGGAGAACCGGCAGCGAGUUGCUCCCCCCCACCUGGAAUUUUGGGGCGCGGGCAAGGGGGGGGCUUCCCACCGGGAGGUGCGGGGAGAAUUGCCCCCUUUUCCACCCCUCGGGCGAUUCUUGCAGGGAAGAGAGGAAGCCAACCCUCCCGGAGCCAGUGGUGAAGAGGGGGGGGACCCCCCCUCCGGAUUCCCCCAAAAGAUUUGCUGCUGGACUCCGAAUCUCGAGGCUGCUUAGAUGUAAUAGUUGGAGACCACUUAAGGACUGAAUGGCUUGAAAAACUUCUCCUGGCCUCGCUGUGCAACUCAUUCAGAUCCCAGGUCUGAAAAGUCCUUUGGAGACCCAGAAGAUUUCAGGGCUCUUGUGUAUUCCUGUCAGAGAAGACUGGAAAUGGAUGCAAACCAGCCAGCCUGGGAGAGAGUAGGUAAAAGCCAUGCUGCUGCUCAGUUUGGGAACUGUGGGGAAGGCUGGGCAGGAGCCCAGCAGAAGAUCCUGGAGGAAGCCCUCAGUUCUGAGAGCCAGCAUUGGCGCUUCAGGAACAGCCCCUUUCAAGAGGCCGAAGGACCACGAGAGCUUUGCAGCCGCCUUCACCGCCUUUGCUGGGGAUGGUUGCAGCCAGAGAAGCACAGCAAGGCUCAGAUAUUGGACCGGGUGAUCUUGGAGCAGUUUCUGGCCGUCCUGCCCAGGGAGAUGCAGUGCUGGGUGCGGGAGUGCCGAGCGGAGACCAGUUGCCAAGCGGUGGCCCUGGCCGAAGGUUUCCUGCUAAACCAAGCGGAAGAGGGGGAACAGGGAAGGUGCCAGGUUCCGAGGUCUGGCCUGGAAGUGGGUACUUAUUAUCCUGAGAAAAUGGUGCUUCAGGCAGAUCUGUGGUGUUGCAGGGCUAUCUCCAAGCAGGAAGAUAAACAUCAGGAUGGUUCACCAGGGAAUGAAAUGGAGUCACAAUUGUUCACUGAAUCAUUCCCUUCUAUUGAUGAAGCUGAAAGAGCAGCUGGACCUCCAGCUCAGAGUCCUGUGUCCUUUGACGAGGUAGCCAUAUAUUUCACCAGUGAAGAGUGGUUGCUGCUGGAUCCCAACGAGAAAGCCUUGCACCAAGAAGUCAUGCUGGAGACAUGUGGGAUUGUGACCUCUUCAGUUGAUGAUCAGGAGAACGACGAUUACCAAGAGCCAAGUGUGUUGCCGGAAGUAAUCAAGAUUGAAAUAAAAGAAGAGACAUCUACUGAUAAAUUUGGAAGAAGGCAAUAUGAGAAAAACCAGUGCUACAACUGGAGAGAGAACUCCACUCUUGAAUGUAUGGAAAUGGAUUAUCUCCUGACCCAAAAUGUUUGUAAGGAAAAUGGGAUGGGAAACAAUCAAGGAAGUGGGGAAGUAUACCAAGCAAAACCCAAUUUCAGUAAUUACCACCUCAGCAAUAACGGUGACAUUAUUCCUCAUAAAAUGAUCUAUACAGGAGAGAAACCUUAUAAAUGUGUGGACUCUGGAAACAGCUUUCGAUGUACUAGUAAUCUUAACUACCAUAAGAAGAUCCAUUCAGGGAAAAAGCCUUAUAAAUGCACAGACUGUGGAAAAAGAUUCGGUUCAAACAGUUCCCUUACUUAUCAUGAAAGGAUCCAUAGUGGAGAAAAACCCUACGAAUGCCUUGAGUGUGGGAAGAGCUUCAUACAAAGCAGUGACCUUACUUCCCAUAAAAGGAUCCAUACAGGGGAAAAACCAUAUAAGUGCAUGGACUGUGGAAAAAGCUUCAGUUCAAAUAGUUCUAUUAAUUAUCAUAAAAGGAUCCAUACAGGAGAGAAACCCUAUGAGUGCAUGGAGUGUGGGAAGAGCUUUAGCAAAAGCAGUGUCCUUAGAGCCCACAGAAGGAUCCACACAGGAGAGAAACCCUACAAAUGCGUAGAUUGUGGGAAAUGCUUCAGUCUGAACAGUUCCCUUACUUCUCAUAGAAGGAUCCAUACGGGAGAGAAGCCAUAUAAAUGCAUAGAGUGUGGGAAAAACUUCAGCAAAAGCUGUUAUCUGACUUCCCAUAAAAGGAUCCAUACGGGAGAGAAACCCUUUCAGUGCCUGGAGUGUGGGAAGAGCUUCAGCAAGAGCAGUGUCCUUACUUCCCACAAAAGGAUCCAUUCAGGGGAAAAACCUCAUAAAUGCGCGGACUGCGGAAAGACCUUUCAUGGCCGUGGCCACCUGAUGUCUCAUAGGAGGAUUCACACAGGAGAGAAACCCUAUAAAUGUCUGGAGUGCGGAAAGAGCUUCAGUCAUAGUGGUUCCCUUACCUCCCAUAAAAGGGUCCACACAGGAGAGAAACCCUAUCAGUGCGUGGACUGUGGGAAGAGCUUCAGUCGAAGCAGUUCCCUUACUUGCCAUAGAAGGAUCCACUCGGGAUUCAAGCCUUAUAUAUGCAAUCAGUGUGGGAAGAGCUUUAGUACAAGCAGCUCUCUUACUUACCACAUUAGUAUCCACACAGGGAAGAAACUAUAUCAGUGCGCAGAGUGCGUGAAGAGCUUCAGGUUGAAAAGCCACCUAAAUUCCCAUAAAAAGAUCCACACGGGGUUGAAACCUUAUAAAUGUAUGGAAUGUGGAAAGAGUUUUUCUGAAAACAGGACUCUUAUUUGUCACGAAAGAAUCCACACAGGGGAGAAAAAAUACGCAUGCAUGUUGUGUGGAAAGAAUUUCAUUCUGAAGACUUCCCUUACUUCCCAUAAAAGGAUACAUACUGGAGAAAAACCCUAUAAAUGCAUGGAGUGUGGGAAGAGCUUCACAACUAGUAGUUACCUGAUGUGCCACAAAAGGAUCCAUUCAGGGGAAAAACCUUAUAAAUGUGUGGAUUGUGGGAAAAGGUUCAGUAUGAAGAAUUCCCUUACAUCCCACAAAAGGAUACAUACAGGAGAAAAACCCUAUAAAUGCAUGGAAUGUGGAAAGAGCUUCAGUGUAAAGAGUUCUCUUACUUCUCACAAACGGAUCCACACAGGAGAAAAACCCUAUAAAUGCCUAGACUGUGGGAAGGACUUCAGGCGAAGCGGUGACCUUGCUUCCCAUAAACGAAUCCACACAGGAGAAAAACCCUAUAAAUGCAUAGAGUGUGGAAAGAGCUUCAGUGUAAAGAGUGCUCUUACUUCUCAUAAACGGAUCCACACAGGAGAAAAACCCUAUAAAUGCCUAGACUGUGGGAAGGACUUCAGCCAAAGCGGUGAGCUUGUUUCCCAUAAACGAGUCCACACAGGAGAAAAACCCUAUAAAUGCAUGGAGUGUGGAAAGCGCUUCAGUGUAAAGAGUGCGCUUACUUCUCAUAAACGGAUCCACACAGGAGAAAAACCGUAUAAAUGCAUGGAGUGUGCAAAGAGCUUCAGUGGAAAGAGUGCUCUUACUUCUCAUAAACGGAUCCACACAGGAGAAAAACCCUAUAAAUGCCUAGACUGUGGGAAGAGCUUCAGGCGAAGUUGUGACCUUGUUUCCCAUAAACGGGUCCACACUGAAGAAAAACCCUAUAAAUGCAUCGAGUGUGGAAAGAGCUAUAAAAGCAGCAUUUACCUGAACCUCCAUAAACGGCUCCACACGGGAGAGAAACCUUAUACAUGCCUAGAAUGUGGGAAGAGGUUCAGGCACAGAGCAUGUCUGAAAUCCCACAAAGGAAUCCAUUCAGGUAGAAAACCUUAUAAAUGUGUGGAUUGUGGAAAGAGGUUCAGUAUGAAGAGUUCCCUUACUUCCCAUAAAAGGAUGCAUACUGGAGAAAAACCCUUUAAAUGCAUACAGUGUGGGAAGAGCUUCAAAAGUAGUAGUUACCUGAUAUGCCACAAAAGGAUCCAUACCGGAGAAAAACCAUAUAAGUGCACAGAGUGUGGAAAGACUUUCGCUGACAGUACGUCUCUGACUUACCAUAGAAGGACCCACACGGGAGAGAAACCCUAUAAAUGCCUGGAAUGUGGGAAGAGUUUCAAAAGUAGUAGUUACCUGAUGAGCCACAAAAGGAUCCAUACCGGAGAAAAACCGUAUAAGUGCACAGACUGUGGAAAGACCUUCGCUGGCAGUACGUCUCUGACUUACCAUAAAAGGACCCACACAGGAGAGAAGCCCUACGAAUGCCUGGAAUGUGGGAAGAGCUUCAUAUUAAAAAAUCACCUUACUUCCCAUAAGUGUAUCCAUACUGGAGGGAAAUAAAAAUGUACGAAAUGCGGAAGGAGUUUUUGUAAAAACAGAAUGCUUCUUAAGAAAGAAACCACAGUGGGCAGAAAAUUAUCCUAACUCAUAACAGGACAGGAGAGAUCCCUUUAGAGACUGAAGUGUCCUUAAUUUGUGUAAAAAGAUCCACUGUGAUAUGAAACCAUCCAAAGAUAUGGAAUAUAAAAAGAAUAACAUCUGUGGAAAAAUGUGAUGAACAGUAUUCUUUCUUUCAGAGUAUCGCUAUAGGAACAACUGAAUAAAUGUAUGGAUUUUGGGAAGCUCCCAGGAUAGAUUUUUUAAAUUCUAGAGGUAUUACCUAUUCAGUUAAGUUGUUGCUCAAAAAAACCUGUUAAACAAUUGUCCCUCUCAUUCAGAGGUGAAAUGCUACCGGUUCAGUCCAGUUCGCUGAACCAGUAGUAAAAAAGGCUACUGGUUCGCCAAACCGAUAGUAAAAAAUGUAAAAAAAAACCAAAAAACUACCAGCUCAGGCAAAUAGGUAGUAAAAAUGCAUUUAAAAGGUUAAAAAAAGGCUCCGAUGAGUGUGCGCCACAGCUGAUCACAUCUUCCCCACGCGCUGUUCUACUUACCACAUACCUCCUUUUGGUGUUCACUGUGCGCACACCUUCCAAGUGGUGCGCACUGUGCAUGUUCACACGCAGCACACAUUUGGUGCGUAGCACGCAUAUGCAGCCAGCAAACCGGUAGUAAAGCGGUUCAGAUUACACCACUGCUCUCAUUGCUCCAAAACCUCAUGUCAGCUUGGUCACAACUGCUUUAUUUAGGCAGAAUCAACAUCUGAAGUGUGUUUGGGGUCAGCCUCCAGGCUUAGUGAAGACCUGGUGUAUGCAAGCAAAGCAAGGGAAAAUGGAUGUGUGAAUAUUCAUUUUAACUCUUAAUUGUGUUGAAAAUACUGAUUGUCUUUAAACAAGUAGGAAGGCAUUUAAGCUUUUUUUCAUGCACUGUAUGUGCAGAAGUUUGGUUGCAAGUGAAAAUCUCCCAAAUAUUUACAUGUACAGACAGAGGAAUAGAAUCAAAGUCUUGUGAAGUAUUAGUUCCGCUUUAUAAAGGUUUAGUAAGUCCAAACCUAAAAUAUGCAACUAAUUUUGGUCACCACACUUCAAAAAAGGUGUUGAGACUUUGGAAAAUGUUUGGAGAAUAACUAAGGUGAUCAAAGGCUGGGGACUAAAACGUAUGAAGAACAGUUGCAGGAUUUGGGUGUGACUAGUCAGCCUAGAUUUCAACCUAGAAAUAAGGAGAAAUUUUCUGACAGUGAGAACAAUUAACCAAUGGAACAGCUUGUCUUCAGAAAUUGUGGGAGCUUCAUCACUAGAAGCUUUCAAAGAGAGACUGGACUGCCAUCUGUCAGAAAUGGUGUAGGGUCUUCUGCUUGGGCAGGGGAUUGAAUUAAAUGACAUACAUGGUCUCUUCCAACUUUGUUUAUCUAGUCUAGUGAAAUGAAGGACUUGGGGUGACAUGAUAGCAGUAUUCCAAUAUUUAAGGGGCUGCCACAAAGAGGAGGGGGUUGAUUUAUUUUCCAAAGCACCAGAGGGCAAGGCAGGAAAAAAUGGAUGGAAAGUCAUCAAGGUGAGGAGCAACCUGGAACGAAGGAGAAACUUCCAAACAGUGAGAACAAUUAACCAAUGGAACAGCUUGUCUUCAGAAAUUGUGGGCGCUUCAUAACUUGGAGGUUUAUAAGAAGAGACUGAACAAUCACUUGUCUGAAAUUGUAUAGGGUGUCCUGCCUGAUCAGGGAGCUGGUCUAGAAGACCUCCAAGGUCUCUCUCAGUUCUGUUCCGUUCUAUUCUCCUAACUGAAAGGGAAUUUAAAAAUGGUUUUAUUGAUCCAACAGUGUACCAUAUGAGCAAUAUUUUUUUUAAAAGGACAUAAAUUUCUUGAUUUAAAUUAUUCAUUGUUCAGUUUCUCAGAUUAAAGUAAUCAGUACUGUUAUUUUCUAUUUCUCAAGAUUUUCAAAUGUCACUUUAGUGCCUCUAUUUCAUUUUGUGAUAUCAAGUUGCUCAGAAAGAUCAAUCAUACUUGACAUGUUAGGGGAGACUAACUUUGGCAUGGUUUUGGAGAAAACUGUUAGUAGCAUGAUUGUGACUUUGUUAUUUUUAUCUUAAUAUAGCUUUUAAAAAAAAACAUAUUUCCUGAUUAUUAACAACCUUUAUCAAUUUGAAAGGUUAAUAAAUUAUUGGAAAGAGCUGUUGCACAAUGUAAAUGAUGCCCUACUUUAUAUACAUUGGGGAAAAAAGCUUAAUGAACAAACAUGUAGGAGAACUUAUAGGGGAGGUGGGGAGUGGAAUGUUAGAAAGUGCUAGAAGGGGGUGAAAUGAGUUCACAUCUGUCUCAGUUUCACAUUGCACAAUAAUGCCUUGAAAACCAUGGAAUGAGAACAAGGUUGAUUUACCUAUGAAAGAAGCAAACAAUCAAAAUGUGGGUACAUUUCUCACUAUAAAAUCCUGGCAUUUUCAUAAUAUUGCUAGUUAUGUAAUUUUACAUCUGUGGAGAUAGUCCGUGCAGCAUUGAAAGUGUUUCAGCCAACAUUCUCCUCUCCCUUUUCAUCAGAGGAAAAUUUAAGCCCUUUGCCUCUUUCUACAAUUUGGAAGGUAUUUUUGGCUUUUAAGGAUUUGCACUUUGAGUCACUGUGAGGCGGCCCAAGCAGCGUCUAUAUUUAUCUUCCAAUUUAAUAUCAUUAAAUAAUGUAUUAAUGGAAUAAGUCUAACGUAUUACUUAUUCUCCAGCCAGCGAUUCCACUUUUUCCUUUUGAAAAUGAGGCCCUAAAAGAAACACCAUCAUUCUGAAGGGUCUUUGGGGGGGAGAGGAGGCCGAGGGCUUGAAGGGGGAAUCCAGUGUGGGGAUCUGGAAAUCUUCCAAGUCAUUCACCUCAGUGACGGGUGAUUUUAAAGGGUCUCCUGGGGGGUUUCCCAUCAGAGAAGUCGGA